GCGGGCGGUCAUGUUGACGGUAUUGAUAACUUCUCUUCUCGGUACGAAGGCUCUACCGAAAGUUAUUCAAUUGGGCGGGCUUUUCGAGUAUGGUGAUGAGGUAUUGCAGACAGCAUUCCGCUACGCUAUAGACCGAGUUAAUGCGGAUCAUUCUCUGCUGCCCAACACUCGACUAUCAGCUGAUGUCGAACAGGUUGAGUAUCAAGACAGUUUCCAAGCGUCCCGCAAAGUGUGUGACCUUUUGAGCCAUGGAAUGGCGGCUAUAUUUGGACCACAGUCUGUUGAGCCAAGAACUACUGUACGAUCUACUUGUGAAGUAUUAAAUGUUCCUCACAUGGAGACAAGGUGGGACUUCCGGAUCCAAUUAGAUAAUCACACUGUCAACCUAUUUCCUUUUUGGAAGACUCUUAGUAAAGCGUAUAGAGAUCUCAUUAAGAGUAAGAGCUGGAAAACCUUUGCAAUUGUUUACGAGGAAAACGAAGCUUUGAUACGACUGGAAGAAUUGCUCAAAGAUCCUUUGAUGCGAGAAGAACAGCGGAAAGUGCUUGUAAAGCAGAUAGUACCAGGUCAAGAAUAUCGGAAGCUCUUAAAAGAGAUCGGAAAAGCAGGAGUUAAGAAUAUCAUCGUAGAUGUACCAACAGAAAAAAUUAUCGAUUUUUUGAAACAUGCCAAAGAAGUGGACAUGAUGUCAGAAUAUUACAAUUAUUUUAUCGCAUCUUUGGAUUUACACACCAUUGACUUAGAAGAAUUUCAGUAUGUUGGAACAAACAUAUCUGGAUUUCAACUAGUGGACGAAACAGCUCCAGACAUAGGUGAAAUUUUGCAAGGAUGGCGUUCCAAUGGUUUGAGUUACAAGAAUUUAAAAGAUAAGACUUACCUAAAGAAUAUAACGACCGAGGUGGCUCUGAUGCACGAUGCCGUGAAGUUGCUCGCCUUGGCUCUUCAAGAGUUGGAUCGGAGAAAACAAGAUAUCGACCUUCCUGCCGUCUCGUGUCAAACAGAGCAACCUUGGACCCAAGGAAACAUCGUUGUGAACUACAUGAGGAUGAUCACCACUAGAGGGCUAACUGGAGAAAUCAGGUUCGACAAGUUUGGAUUUCGUUCGGACUUUAAGAUGAAACUGAUUGAGUUAACUCGUGAAGGAUUACAUUAUGCUGGUGACUGGAGCACUAAGGAGGGAAUCAAUAUCACUAGUAACACAUCCAAAGCUUUUGCAGGAGUUAAAGCCACGUUAAAGAACAGAACUCUUGUUGUGACAACGUUGUUGAAUCCCCCUUACGUUGUACUGAAGGAAGACCAAACCUUAACAGGGAAUGACCAGUUUGAAGGCUAUUGUGUGGACUUAAUCAAAGAAAUUGCAAAAGAACUUGGAUUCAAGUAUAAAUUUAGAGAAGUCGGUGAUAAUACAUAUGGAAAGAAGAACACGUGGGGAGAAUGGAACGGCAUGAUUCAAGAGUUAAUAGAAGGGAAAGCAGAUUUGGCUGUAGGAGACCUGACGGUAACCUACGAGCGGGAAGACGCUGUUGACUUUACCAUGCCUUUCAUGAAUUUGGGAAUAGGCAUCCUUUUUAAAAAACCUACCAAAAAAAUUCCUAUGUUGUUUUCUUUUCUAUCCCCUCUGUCCCUGGAGGUUUGGGUGUACAUGGUAACGGCUUUUCUCGGAGUUAGUCUCUUUCUAUUCAUCGUGGCAAGAUUCAGUCCGUACGAAUGGACUAAUCCGCACCCCUGUGACCCUCAUCCCGACACUUUGGAGAACCAGUUCACUCUACUGAAUACGUUGUGGUUUACCGUUGGGAGUCUCUUGAUGCAAGGAUGUGAGGUCAAUCCCAGGUUAGUAACUACACAUGACCAAGAUUCAGAUAUUCCGACGUUUAAGCGCAUGUGGAACUUCAUGGAAUCUGCAAGACCAAGUGUAUUCGUCGAGUCUAACUUUAAAGGUGUGGAACGAGUGAAAAAAGGCAACUACGCCUUCCUAAUGGAAUCUACCAGUAUUGAAUAUAUAGUAGAAAGAAACUGUGAUCUUAUGCAGAUCGGCGGACUUUUGGAUUCUAAAGGAUACGGUAUUGCAACUCCCCCUGGCUCCCCCUAUCGGACGUUAUUAUCGAGUGCCAUUCUUAAACUUCAAGAAAGUGGAACUCUGCAAAUGUUGAAACAACGAUGGUGGAAAAACAAAGAAAAAAUCUGUAUUAAGGAAGUGACUAGUCAAUCCGUUUCUGCGAGUGAACUUGGCUUGGAUAAUGUAGGGGGCGUCUUUCUAGUUCUGACUACUGGUUUGUGUGUUGCUUUUAUAAUAGUUAUUCUGGAAUUUAUCUGGAAAUUGCGAAAGGUCCCUGAUGAAGAAAGGAAACCGCUGUGUGUGGAGUUGUGCCGUGAGCUGAAAUUUGCCAUCAUGUGUGGAGGAGACACUAAACCCGUUAGGAAAGAGUCAAAUCUGCGAUCCAACAAUUUGUCAUUGAUUCAGUUCAGUAGUCUAGGAAACAUUGAUUCGAAGGAGAUCAUAUCUUGACAACAAGAUCCCGAAUUGCUUCUAGACGUCCUAGCGAGGAAAGCUGUUAAUUGUUUCCGAAAUUCCGACAAACACCUCAACAGCGAUGUCCAGAUAAGUUUUCGAGACUGAGGUCAUCAUGAUGUCCCUUGCGAUGUAUAAUGUGUCCUAACGUGUAGAAUUAAAAGAUUCAUAAAAGUUUGAGUUAAUGGUGUGCAUAUAAGUCCACAAAUUUGAUAAUGUAUGUUGUUGCUUACUGUAAUGAUAGAAGUUUCUGUAAUAUAUAUAUAUACAACUAUAUCUACACAUAAUACAUUCUGUAGUCUCUAAGCGAGAGUUAUUCGUAUACCAUAAACACCUCUUUGAUGAAUAUUUCAACGAAUUCAUAAUGCUAAAAUAGAAAGUGUAUUUGUGUUUCGUAAAUUCCUAUAUUUAAUAGCGAUGAUAUAGGCGGCAAUGCUGAACUUUUUCAUUUUUAAUGUAUCAAAUUUAGAAAAGAAUCGGAUACUUUCUCCUCGCGGACAUUUCUGUAUUUAAAUAUUUUAAUGUCUGCCUGCCUUUUACAGAAAAAAAUAGAGGCGGCUGUACUUAAACACUAAUGGGGCUUUGUCCUGGUUGUUUAUCGUCGUUAUGGAAAAGUAAUGCCGUUCUAGUUAACAAUUUCUUAUAUAUAUAGUUUAACUAAAGCACUUAGUCCACAUCAAACUUAGUUUAAAAUACAUAAACUCAGAGAAGUAGACCCUAUUAUGAACCUGUCUACCAUAAAAAACGUGUUUUACGAUAUCAAAAUAUAAUCCGAAAAAAAUAAAAUAAAGGAACCAUGAAAUAAAUCAUUAUGUAUUGCAUUUUUUCCCCAAACUAAGCUCUUAUUUAAGCCCAAAACCAUAAAAUUUUAAACUAUUUAUUCGACUGUCCAGAUACUUUCAGAUCUGACCGGUGAGUUGACGUCAAACAUCUUUGUAUUCCCUAAUGGGUCAGCAGUAACUUUACGGAUUUACCACGUAAAUAUUCGGGGUUCGCUUCCCAUUGAUCGACAGAGAGAGUUCAGAUAAUUUAUCGUGUAGCUUUGCGCUAAAACAAAGAAACAAACAAAAACAUUUUUGUUCUAGAGCUCAUUUUCUUGUUUGAAAUAUUUUAAUAAUAACAUUCAAAGGAAGUGUGUAUGACGUUACUUUUUCAGCAUCUGUUACACAGAAAUAAUCAGGAAAUUAAAAAAAAUCAAGAAAUGCCUCAUGCAUAUUCUGUAAUA